UGACAUGAGGCCGGCAAAGGUGAGGACUAAGGACUUUAUAUAAAGGUAGGGGUAGACCUUUUGGGUCUUCAAGGUUUUUACUGGUAGCGUUGGUGAGCCUAAUUGAGUACUUUGUUGGUGCUUGCUAGCUAGUCAAAGUACUUUGUUGGUAUGGGAAGGCAACCGUGUUGUGACAAACUUGGGGUAAAGAAAGGGCCAUGGACUGCUGAGGAGGACAAGAAGCUCAUCAGCUUUAUUCUCACCAAUGGCCAGUGUUGCUGGAGAGCUGUGCCUAAACUCGCUGGCCUUCGCCGGUGUGGUAAGAGUUGCAGGCUCCGUUGGACGAACUAUCUCCGCCCCGACUUGAAGAGAGGCCUCCUCACUGAAGCUGAAGAACAGUUGGUUAUUGAUCUCCACGCUCGUCUUGGAAAUAGGUGGUCCAAGAUUGCAGGCAGAUUGCCAGGGAGAACAGAUAAUGAGAUCAAGAAUCAUUGGAACACCCAUAUCAAGAAAAAGCUGCUUAGGAUGGGAAUUGAUCCUGUCACGCAUGAACCCCUCCACAAAGAAGAGUUGCCGUCCAAUAUUAAGGAAAAUAACUCAUCAUCAUCUUCCCAUGAUCAUAGUGAUCAUGAGAAUAAUUUGCCAGCUGAUAAGUCUAUAAAUGGUCUUCACAAUUCACAAGAAAAUGAUCAAAGCAUGGUGAAUUCAUCAGGAUCGGAGGACAUAAACUCAUCCACUGAAAACUCCUCAACAGGCGCUGAAUCAGUGUUGUUAGACAGCAUUUGCAACGACAAUUUGUUAAUGAACACCCUAUGGAUGGAUGAAACACCUCUGAUUGAUGCAUUGUGGAACGACAACAAUCAAGUAGAACUUGAUCAAGGAGGGAUCAAUUACAGUAUCACUGAGAAUAAUGGAAUGGGCUUCCAAUCUAAUUGGGAUGACAAUUGGACAUGGCUUUUGGACUGCCAAGACUUUGGUAUUCAUGAUUUUGGUAUGGAUUGCUUCAGUAAUGUGGAAGUAAAUGGUAUCAACACAUUAGAGGUGGGAGAAAAAUUAAGCACAACUAUCAACUAAUCAAAUGCAAAGCAUGCAGUUAAUCUUUAUUAAUAAUGUACUAGUGAGAAGAGAGUAGUAGUCAAAAUUCAAAUGUGCUUACAUGUUACAAAGUACCAUGUCUGCUGCCUUACUUUUUAUUAAGUUCUUGGUGUUGAAUUUUAUCUGUUACUGUUCUUGGAAGGUCGACGAUUAGACCUGCUUCUUAAGAGGUUUCCUCACCAACCAAAAAAACAGCUAGCGAUACCAAAUUGCCUAAUAAAAUGUACAGGUGGUAAUAUUCGUAAAAGUGUAUGUUAGGGAGUUGAAUAAUAUUGUAAAAGUAUUCAUAGUACUGCUGGGUUUUGCUAAGAUGAAGCAUCUGUGCAUCAAUUAUGUACUUAAAUAUUUAUGCUGAAAUUAAAUAAAACAAAAGGUUAAUUUAUUUUAUUCAA